AUGAACACAAUCGAUAUAUACCUUCAUCUUCUCCACUCCUUCUUCUCUCUUGCCUAUUUACUUUGGAUGAGGGCUUUUGAGCUUGUUCACAAUCCACUAGAAUCCUCAAUUUUCAGUAUCUUAGCGGCUGUAGUCAUUGAAUCCAAAAAUUCCAGAGAGGAUGAGGACGAGGAAAGUGAAUUGGAGUAUGAAGAGGAGGAGAAUUAUGAGGAAAGCUCACAUCAUGUCCUAUUCUACUUGGAAACACCCAGGGAUAUUUGUAUAUAA